AUGGUUGUUGCACACGAGGAAGUUGAUCCUGUGAAUGUGCACGAUGCGAUGAAGCAUCCAUCUUGGCAGGAUGCUGUGAAGGAGGAAUUAGAUGCCCUUCUCAAGAAUGUCACAGGAAUUCCAACUGUUGCAAUCAUUGCCUUUCCACUACUGUUUCUUUUCUCUUUCCUAUGGAUCUCAAGAAGAAACACAAACUCGAAGAAAACAGCGCCAGAAGCUGGUGGAGCAUGGCCUAUUAUUGGUCAUCUGCGCCUCUUAGGAGGGCCACAACCACCUCAAAUAAGCUUGGCUAACAUGGCUGAUAAAUAUGGAAAAAUGUUCACUAUCAAGUUGGGGGUGCAUAGAGCUUUGGUGAUUGCUAAAGAAUGUCUCACCACAAAUGAUAAAGCGUUUGCCUCUCGUCCAAAACUUGCAAGCUCGGAACUUUUGGGUUACAACAGAGCCAUGUUUGGCUUUGCACCGUAUGGACCUUAUUGGCGUCAUAUACGCAAGAUAGCCACUAUUGAGCUCCUCUCCAAUCACCGACUCAAAUUACUUAAACAUGUAAGGGAAUCCGAGGUGAAGACAUCUCUGCAACAGUUGUACCAGCUGUGGAACAAGAAGAGAAGUGCUAACUCCGAUAAAGUAUUUGUGGAGAUGAAGGGAUGGUUCAAAGAAGUUACUCUGAACGUGAUAAUGAGGAUUAUUGUAGGGAAGCGAAUUCCAAAUUCCAGCGAAGGAGUUGAACAGUUGAAAUGGAAGAAGUCGAUGGAUGACUUCAUUGUACUAAGUGGAAAGUUCUUAAUAUCAGAUGCUUUGCCGUUUCUGAGAUGGUUGGACAUAUGUGGAGACAUAGUAGUUGAGGGUUCUUUUAAAUAA